ACGGUCGUCACCGCGGGAGCCUGGAAUUCUGAAACAAACGCAUUCCGACCACUUGGCUUGUAACUGGUCGCAGUGAAAGCCGGUGUCCCCCAGAGCCCGACCCAGUGUUUUCGCUUACUCAUCAGCAAAACGUGUCACUGUACCGAAACACUCUCCUAAUCGCACUCCAAUGCGUGAUCCAAAGAUGGAAGAAAUAACGUACGAAAGUGUGGAGGAAAACUGUCAAGAUUUUCUCGACGCACUACUUGCCGACCUUCAGAACACGGUUCCCGGCCACAAUCAGCAGCAGCAGCAUGGCGGUGGUGGAGGCGGUUCAUCUGUUCCCGGAUAUGGUAGUCUGAAUGGGGUCCGGAACAAGCAACAGACCAGUCCCAUUCCGCAAACAUAUCAAAACACAUCAUCCAAAACGGUGACUGAAACGCGCGCCACAAACGGUUACAAUGGCUCGCUACCUAGGUCGACGACACCGCACAACUCCUUGCCACGAUCAAGCACACCGCAGAAGUUGCAAACCUCCGCUUCCGGCAACCUUUCCGAACUGGACUCACUGCUGCAGGAUUUGAGCAGCGCUCGAUACGGCAAUGUCGUCGAAAAACAACCCAACAACGCCAUCGUCACUAGUCCAUCUCCGUAUGCCAUUAAUGAUAGCAUUAAGCGACCAUCGGUAGACAGCUUGCUGGAGGAGCUAAGCAAUGCGCACUCAAACCCAAUCUAUGCGGUUCCCCACGGGAAUCAAAAUGUAAACCAACCGGGUCGGCAAGUCACGAUAACGGUUCGUGAAACGACCACAGAAAAGCUUACCGGGACACCAAGUGCUCAGUAUCAAAAUCAGAUGUACCAACAACAGCUGGCCCAGAACGAAUCGCACACUUCGUCGGCCACGAAGGAAUUGGAUGAUCUGAUGGCGUCACUGUCGGAUUUCAAGAUCAGUGCCGGGACGUCGCAUCAGCACCAGUCGGUGACGGAUUACGCGAAGCCAAACCAGGGCACCUCGCACUACCAGAGUACGCUGACGACGGUUUCGACCACCGAACAUUUGCCACCGUCGUCCGAUCAGCUCGAUUCUAUGCUCGGCAAUCUGACCGCCGAUAUGAGCCGCCAGGGUGUGAACACAACGCAGAAGGGAUGCUGCAAUGCCUGUGACAAACCGAUCGUCGGGCAGGUGAUAACGGCACUCGGUAAAACGUGGCAUCCGGAGCACUUUACCUGCAGCCACUGCAACCAGGAGCUCGGCACGCGGAACUUCUUCGAGCGCGACGGUAACCCGUACUGUGAGCCGGACUAUCACAAUCUGUUCAGCCCGCGGUGCGCGUACUGCAACGGACCGAUCCUGGAUAAAUGUGUUACAGCGCUGGAGAAAACGUGGCACACGGAACACUUCUUCUGUGCCCAGUGCGGUCAACAGUUCGGCGAGGAUGGAUUCCACGAGCGCGACGGUAAACCGUACUGCCGCAACGACUACUUCGACAUGUUCGCCCCGAAGUGUAACGGUUGCAACCGGGCCAUCAUGGAGAAUUACAUCUCCGCGCUGAACAGCCAAUGGCAUCCAGAUUGUUUCGUCUGUCGGGAUUGCCGCGAACCGUUCCACGGUGGUUCGUUCUUCGACCAUGAGGGCUUACCGUACUGCGAGACGCACUAUCACGCUAAAAGGGGAUCGCUGUGUGCCGGUUGCUCGAAACCCAUCACCGGCCGGUGCAUUACGGCGAUGUUUAAGAAAUUCCACCCGGAGCAUUUCGUGUGCGCCUUCUGCCUGAAGCAGCUGAACAAGGGCACCUUUAAGGAGCAGAACGAUAAGCCCUACUGUCAUCAGUGUUUCGAUAAGUUAUUCGGUUAAGCUUAAGUACUGGAAUAGGGGAAUGCAGUUGCUACUGCUGUCCCCCAUAUGACAAGGACAAGUGCACAAAUAUCUUCCCUUCUGUGCGUAUAUUUUACGUCUUUACAAUUCAACUGUCUUCCGAAAGUAGUGCGUUUUUUUUUCUUCUUUCACACGGCAUCGCUAUCGUUCACAUUUUGCUAUAACGUAACAAAACAAAAUUCAAACGCUGGAGCUAGUUUCGGUUAAAUCUGUUUAUAUUGUUUUAAAAUUAUAACUCAUAUUUCCCCGCUGUUUGGAACAAACACAUGCGUACUUCUCUAUAAAAAAAAUUAAAAACGAUUCAGUAGCGCUUUAGUGCGGCGUCAAUUAAUAUUAAUCAGAAUACGGUAAACAGUAGCGCGUAAUGGUGACACUACUCCCUUAUACUCACGGCUCACGGUAACAAUGUGUGCGGUGGUGGCCCACCUUUAGAUGAAUUGAGAUAUGUUUUGUUAUUGAUGAAGCUGACACAACAAGAUAAAACAAAAACAUAUGUGUGUUGAAGUUUACUAACUAACCACAAAAAAUGAUAAUUAUGCAUUCAUAUGUAACCGGGUUUGUUCUCCGUUUCUUUAUUUUUAUUAUAACAAGCAAGGCUGCAAAUCGAAUAGAAUAUUGUUGUACGGUGGUACAAUCGUGCAUGCCAAUUCGUCCCUUAAACGGCACACCCGUACCGUAUACAUUAAAAUAUUUAAACGAAAAACCUAACCGGCAACACACACAACAAAAAAUAACGUAAGUGUAACAAAACAGGUUUUCUAAAAAGCUAGCAAACUAAGCAAGCCUGGAACACUGUUUGGGGUGUAAUUUUAGGUCCUCCUUCCUAACCACGGUUGCAAAACAUCCCGUAUCGGCCGCAUUUGCCGUUUCUUAGUUUGUCUGUUGAAACAGUUUCCUAACUCUUUCUAUCGUUACAAAACUAGCAUUGCCAAUUCCAAGAAGUAAAAUAGUCAACGUUCUAAUGAUACAACAUUUUAGCGGCAGACGCGAGCGAUAACACACGCGAUACACAACACUUGCAAAACGCUUGCCAUUCAAACCAUUUUUCAUCGGUCUCGGAAGGGAGUGGAUCGAUGGUGUAUUGAGUAGAAAAGAGAAAGAACGUAUUCGUUUGAACUAAAAAAAUCCAUAAAAUCAUUGUAACAUGUGAAUAAAACAUUGAACUAUUUGUUCAAUAUACGUGGAUGUGGUGUAUCUAUGGCGGUCAGUUCUGGUCAGUUCCGAAAAUUUCCUUGCAUGUACUUCUUCAUGUGAGACUUCCUAGUGCAAAACAUCAGUUAGCUAGAUAACUCGUAGUCCGUACACAUGUGUAGUGUCAAUAAAAUACAUUUGUUU